CGUAUACACCGACCGACAACUUCCAGGUCAAGAUAUCUAGUUGAACUGUUCAAUUACUUGUAUACAACAAUCUAAACAUCUGUCCCGGAGAGCUCUUCGCGGGGUUGAGAAACAAUCCACGCCGCAAGAAUCAGUCAUCCCCCGCAUUCAACAUGUCGAAUUCAAAUUCCACAUCCCCACCUAGAGAUGUACCCUCUCCGUCAAGCUCCUCCGCCGACCCCGAUGCCGCGAGAGCCGAGCUGGUGGCGGCUGUGGACGAAAUGCUGAACCAGUUGACGACGAAGUUCAGCAGUGUGAGCAGCGAGUUGCUUGCUAAGAUGGAUGACAUGUCUCGACGGCUUGACAAUCUCGAAGCCACCAUACAGACUGCAGAGGGUGCAAAGGGGUCAGGGUCUGGAAAGUAGAGCAGCGUCUGUCUGGGCAAUGGACAGAAAAUAGUUUCGGUUUUUGGAGCAUCAAGUGCUCCUAUUUUUGCGGGGCGUUCUGGGGUUCACUGUCACGACAUAACAUAAUUGAAUAUCCUCUGCAUGCAAUCAUGU